GUGAUAGGCAAACACGGCCCAAAUUCACGAUGCUGCUCCGACUCCAAAUACAUAUCAUAUCCGUACCCGACCUUUAAUCAUCACCAAACCCCAUCGCAAGCCUGAAAAAACACCUCUACACUCUCAUUCACUAACUUGCUCAAAGCUCCGUUACCCCUCGCCCACCCCCACACUGCUAAGCUAUAAAUUUGAUCGCCAAUCUUAACGCUUCCUUUCUCCAAUUUAUUGGUUCAAUCUGCACACUCCUAAACCCUAAAUUUUCGCAAAUCCAACAACUAUAACGUUUAUCUGGACUUGAUUUUGUCCCGAGGAAAUCAUGCCGGACGUGCAUUCCCUCGUGAACGAAUGCGUGACCAAGCUGAAGAAACGUAAAGUCGAGGGCUCGAAAGCUACGGCGAAGUUAACUGCGGAAUUGCUCCGUUCAUUCAUAUCUCAGCAGAGGCUGCCGCACAGUAACCAGGCUGGGUCUCUUAUUGACGCUGUUAAGACUGUCGGGGAGAAGCUUAUUGCCGCCAAUCCUGUUGAAUUGGCUGUUGGCAAUGUCGUACGACGUGUUCUGCAUAUCAUACGUGAAGAAGAUCUUUCUCUAACUACUGCUGCUGUAGGAGGGUUAAGUUUGGCAGCUGAAAGUGAUGAUGAAGAUGAUACUGAGCAUGAUGAUCAUCCAGUUCUUUCAGCUUCUGCUGUUGCUGCUGCUGCAAGAAAUGCUUUGAGACCCCCCUCAUUGCAGACUCUCCUUGAGGACAUACCUCACUCAGUAGCUGCUCCUCACACCUCUUCUUCUGGGGGUGAUUCAGAAGGAAAAAGUAAAUCUGCUGAUAAAAAUUCAGUGACUCGGAAACUGAAACACAAUGUUAUAGAGGCAGUUAAUGAACUCAUUCAAGAUAUUUCCACCUGCCAUGAACAGAUUGCUGAACAAGCAGUGGAACAUAUACAUCAUAAUGAGGUGAUCUUGACUUUAGGCAGUUCAAGGACAGUGAUGGAGUUUCUUUGUGCUGCAAAGGAGAAAAAGAGGUCAUUCCGUGUGUUUGUCGCCGAGGGUGCUCCCAGAUACCAGGGGCAUGCUCUUGCAAAAGAACUGGCUGCAAGGGGGCUACAGACUACUGUUAUUACUGAUUCUGCAGUUUUUGCCAUGAUUUCCCGUGUCAACAUGGUUAUAGUUGGAGCACAUGCUGUCAUGGCUAAUGGAGGGGUCAUAGCACCUGUGGGGUUGAAUAUGGUAGCCCUGGCAGCUCAAAGGCAUGCUGUACCUUUUGUUGUACUUGCUGGGGUUCAUAAGUUGUGCCCAUUAUACCCUCACAACCCAGAGGACCUGCUGAAUGAACUGAAGUCCCCAUCUGAGCUGCUAGACUUUGGAGAAUUCUCUGAUUGUUUGGAUUUUGGGAGUGGCACUGGUUCACCUCUUCUCCAUGUUGUCAAUCCUGCAUUUGACUAUGUACCGCCAAAUCUUGUUAGCCUAUUUAUUACUGACACAGGUGGUCACAACCCUUCAUACAUGUACCGGCUCAUUGCUGAUUACUACUCUGCUGAUGAUUUAGUAGUGCGAGGGAAAUCUGCUUCUUGAAAUUCAGCUUAAUCUAGCUUGGUUAUGGAAACAUGUUGUAGAAGGACAGGAAAAUUUCAUCAAAUUCAAGGAUGUGAAAUAGUUGACCUCGUAGUAGAUGCUUGCUGGAAGCAACUGAUGCAUAGAGGAAGAGCACAUACCCCAGAAGACUGAAAAUGCCUCUGAUGAUUUUUUUUGGUGAUGAUUUGAUUGUGAUGAAUUGGUGCUGUCGAUACACUAAUAAAAUGUUAAGUGUCUGAGAUGUAGGCUUAUAUGCCUUGAUGAUGACAGACCACAGAGGCGCCUUGUAUGGGUGCUGUGCCGGAUGUAUUAAGAUACCCAUGACAAUCUUGAUCACAGAAAGAACCCACGUAAAGUGGAUGACUGGAAAAGUCGAGUGUUGCAAUAUACAUGGCUGGUGUUACUGUUUUUUACUAAUUUUAUUUAAUGUUGGGCUCAUUUAACCAGAGUUGAA